GACAACCAAGCGGUUGCAAGAAUUGAAUGGUAUAAACGAUCUCAGGAAAUCCAGUAUGAUGUUCGUUCACAACUCCGAAUGGAAAGUCCAUCCCCCAUCUCUAUGCCUAUAAAAGGCUGAAAAUAAUCACACUUGCGGAAUUAAUUUAUUUCAUUUUCGCCCCAUGGAUUGAAUCAGAAUUCUCUGCAAUUUCUUCCUUUUUUUCUUUUAAGUGUACGGACCAAGAGAAAGAAGUUUAAUUAUUGCUUGGAAAUUCGAGUGGAAGUGGUAAAGGAAGAGAGAAUGUGGGGAUUUGGGGGGAGAUAUUAUUGGGGGAGAAAGGAAAGGGUGGAAAGAAGGAAAGGUGGAGGAGGGAUAGUUGCAGUGUUUGCUUGGAUGUCGAGUCAAGAGAAGCACUUGAAGAACUAUGUUCAACUUUACGCUUCUUUGGGUUGGGAUUCUCUUGUUUGCCACUCAGAGUUCUUAAACAUGUUCUUCCCUGAGAAGGCUGCAGCUCUAGCGCUUGAUCUUCUUAAGGAACUUGUUGAGGAGCUAAAGAUUAGUCCAUGCCCUGUGGUCUUUGCAUCUUUUUCUGGUGGUCCUAAGGCCUGCAUGUACAAGGUUCUUCAGAUGAUUGAGGGAUUGUGUGAAGUGCAAAUAAAUCCAGAUGACCUCCAAUUGGUGAAGGAGUGUUUUUCGGGCCAUAUCUUUGAUUCUAGUCCAGUGGAUUUUACCAGUGAUUUGGGUGCCCGAUUUGUUGUUAACCCAACAGUUCUUAAAAUGUCUCAUCCACCGAGAAUAGCAUCGUGGAUAGCAAAUGGCAUUGCAUCUGGUCUUGAUACUCUCUUCCUUAGCAGGUUUGAAUCUCAUCGUGCUGAGUAUUGGCAGACUCUAUAUGCUUCUGUUAGGAUGAGGGCCCCAUAUCUCAUAUUAUGCUCUGAAACUGAUGAUCUUGCUCCUUGUCAAAUUAUCUGCAAUUUUGCUCAAAGAAUACAACAACUUGGGGGUGAUGUAAAACUUGUGAAGUGGAAUGGUUCUCCUCAUUUAGGUCAUUAUCGGCAUUAUCCAAUUGAUUACAAGGCUGCUGUGACCGAGCUUCUUGGUAAGGCAGCUGCCUUAUAUUCCCGAAGAAUUCAACAACUUGAGGGUGAACGAAUGGGAUCAGGCGGGGCACAGGAUGAAAUCUCUGAGCCAAUCUCCAAUAUCAGCAAGACAACCUUAAGCCCAAUCCAGAGCUUUCAGGGAACUCCUCUGGUGCAAAGUGAUGAUUUCCUCUUGCCUAGUUCAAUAGAAUAUUAUGAAGGUAGAGAUUUUGGGUCUGUGCAAGAUCAACACAAAGAAGGUUUGAUCCAUUUGCCUCACCCACCAAGCAUUAAUCUUCAUGGGGUGCUUGGUCAAAUCCUUUUUGAUGUCUGCGUUCCCAAGAACGUUGAAGGUUGGGAUAUAAAGUCAUCAGAUUCCUCAAGCAGACGCCCAUAUACAUCUCCACGGCGAAAUUCCCAUUUCAAUCCAAUCAAAUGCAUUCGUCGAUCCAGACUAUGACAUACCGUGCGGACUACUUUUAGCAGAGGCUUGUUCGUGAAUUUGCAGAAUCCGUUCUCUUUUUCUGGCUUGAAGAGUUCGAUGGUGGAGGGAAUGCUUUGCAAUCUGGGCCAUAGCACAAUGAAACUCAAAGGAACAAAAAAGGGGUGAUAAGUAGGGAUGGCAAUAUGUGAUUUCUAAUUUCCUGUCUUGUUGGACAAUAAGAGGAUACUGCCAUGAUAUGAGCAGAUAGACCUCUGUUCUAACGUAAAAUGUAUAGCGACUUUACUAGAAAAGCACUAACUUCGUGUGGAGUCUGUCAGAAUCAUCACCGUUAUAAUGAAAAUAUUCAUACAAUAA